AUGGCGCCUUCCCGGAUACGACCCGCACUUGGCGUAGCGCUGCUCGCGCUAUGCGCCGCGCUCUCCGCGCUCUCUGCGCAAGCAAAGGGAUCGCACCCCAAGGGGUCCUGCACCCCCGUUAAAAGCAACGUCACUAUCCCGAUAAAAACUGCCGCCGAUUUUCAGAAGCGGAAACAGCAGGGCCGCAACCAAACCGUCGUGCUUAUGCUGCAGAACAGCCUGCUGCUCAGUCAAGGAAGCGGGUUGCUCUUUGACGCGGAUUUCUCCUGCACUAUUUUAACCGCCGCGAAACCCAACCUGUAUAUCAAAUAUAACGACGACGAUAUGCCGACGCUUCGCAUAUGGAACACGAGCAACGUGCUUGUAUACGGUAUCAAUUUCCUCGUUGCAGUCACGACUGGUUCGCCUCAAUGCCCGAACGUACCCGAGGUGGGUACGGGGGUUAACUGUCCCGCCGUACACAUCUCCCGGUCGUACGGUGUCAUCUUCGGCAAGUCUACAGUGUUCGGACGCGUUGACGUACACAGGAGUAUGAAUUCGCGAGUCGACAGCAUCAAGGUUACCGGCACCCCGACUUUCGCCAGUUCGCACGGGGUCAUUCGCGUGGCGUACAGCGGACACAGCACGAAGCUUAUCAAGGCGAACAUCGCUAUAUCCAAUAACGAGGCGUAUGGUGUUGACACGCCGAUCGUCUUAUAUCGAGGCGCUGUGGGAGUGAAAGUGUUUCGAAACUACGUGCACGAUUUCAUCUUCGCGGGGAUCCGGUGCGGCGCGGACGUGCAUUUCUCGGGCGACUGUAUGAUGACGAACGUUUCCAACAACCUUGUAGUUGCUAAAGGGCGCAACACUAACGGGGAUCACGACGCGGCGGGGAUUUACUACUGCACGCACUGGUUCAACCCGGGGAACGUGGCGCAGUGUAACUACGUCUUUAAUGGCGAUCAUUGCUACUAUUUGGACUAUGACACGUCGGACGUGCGCAUCCGCGGCGGCGCGUGUAUUAACACGUACGACGGGAUUAAAGUCAACAACGGCAAAAGGAACGUCAUCAAGGACGUUGUGAUGAAGGGACAGAUCGGUGCAGUGGGGUGGUGCACGUGCCUCACGCCCACCGUCAACAACUGCCUCAAAGACCCAGGGCUUUAUUGGGAGAACAUGAGGAAAGCUUACUACGACACCCCGGCAUUCAGAAAGGAGAGUGCUCCUGCUUGGAAUGCCAAUCAUUCUCAAACCCCUCCCUUCAUCUCCUCCUUCCCUUCUUCCUUCCCCUCUCGCUCGCCCCCUCGCCCCACCAGUUCUGGCAGUGAUGAACGUGUGUCAGGAGAGAGCAUACUGGCCGUGGUGGAAGAACGUGUGUCAGGAGAGCGCAUACUGGCCGUGGUGGAAGAACGUGUGUCAGGAGAGCGCAUACUGGCCGUGGUGGAAGAACGUGUUACUGGCCGUGGUGGAAGAACGGUGUGUCAGGAGAGCGCAGUCAAUGCAGUCAAUGGGCUGAACUGCCACCUCAUCCUCUUUCCCCUCCCUCCGCUCCUCUCUCUCUUUCUUCCUCCUUCACCAGUACUGGCCGUGGUGGAAGAACGUGUGUCAGGAGAGCGCAGUCAAUGGGCAUAA